AUGCCACCCUUUUGUUGUGGUGGCCGACGCUGUGCCAAGGAUCUGGAGGGAGAGAAGCAGAAUGAAGAUGGUCGCCAGUCGCUAAGGGAGACUAUAUACACCACCACCGCGGAAUAUGAGCGCCCCUUGUCGCUGAAGUUUUACGCCCGCCACGACUGGCCGUACUUCAAUUGCACGAGCCAAGAAGUGCGACACAUUCGCGAGAAGUUGGAUCCGGAGUCCCUGCAGAAUGCUCGGAAAAUAGCCAGCCAUGACGAGGGUAGCGAGGAGAAGUACGAGAUGAAGCACAAGACGCCGCAGCCGAUGACUUUCAACCAGAUCUACGGUUGGUAUUCGGAUAGAGCCUACCGCUAUCUGAAACGAGAUCGCGGCACUUUCGUCUUUCCCCACGAGAACGAUCCAAUGAUUGAGCAGAUAUUAAGAAACAAACUGAAGCGUUCUUAA